AUGUCCGCCUCCGACUCGGUUCCGGCCACACCGGAGGACUGGAAAGACCUCUCGACGCCCGGAUCUCCUGGCUCUGAAGAUUCGUCUGAACCCAGCACGCCACUCGAGUCUCCCAAUCAUGACAGUCCCCAUGAGCCCCCUCGAAGGGUCCCGUCCCUACGGUCCGUUUCUGAUCCUCGCAAUAUGAAUCCGAACUCGACUGCGAUGGGAGUUUUGGGCAUGGCCAGACGUCCCGUGCAAACAUCCUCCAGUUUUGCUGGAAACAGUAGUGCUUCGGUAGAAAAUAGUAUUAUGGCCAAGGCGCGGGCACUGCAUCAGCAACGCCUGCAAAAAGGCAACCCAGCAUCACCUGUUGGGCAGUCACCAACAUCCAGCGUAUCGACCGGAUUUCCUGGCAACCUACGAAUGCCCCCGAACAUGCAAAGACCACAGGCUCCACACGUUAACUCGGCCCCUGCGAUCACAAAGCCUUCUCUAAGCGCCAGAAGGGCCAAUUUGGGCAUGAAGCUGUCCGAUAUGGGGGGACCCGGCCCUACCGCAACCACGGGUAAGAAGCGUGGACCUCCUGGAAAACUAUCGGACAUCACAGGUGACGCACCAAGUAAUGAAGAAUCGAACGGGACAGGAGGUGGCCACGGGUCGAAAAUGGACGACUUCAAGAAAUAUAUCGAUACGGAGAAAGGAUGGGUCACAUUUGAUGGCGCUGCCACCAUCACACGCACGGGAGUCAACUUUGCCAACGGCCAGACCUUCAGCAUAUCCCUCGAUGAAGUGGAAGUAUUGACCGAGCUGGGCAAGGGAAACUAUGGAACAGUCUACAAGGUUAAGCAUGCCAAGAGAAGUCUUCCGCGGUUUGGACAAGGCUUAUCAAGAAAGCCGCCCCCUGUCCAGUAUUCGCAGUCGGACCCUUUACCAGUCAGGCCGAUCGAAGACUCAACUAACGGCCAAUCAAACUCGGGUGAUGGCACCACAGGUACGGUUAUGGCAAUGAAGGAAAUGCGGCUGGAACUCGAUGACGCCAAGUUCACAACUAUUCUGAAGGAGCUCGUCAUAUUACACGAGUGUAUUUCGCCCUACAUCAUUGACUUUUACGGUGCUUUCUUCCAGGAGGGUGCUGUCUACAUGUGCAUUGAGUAUAUGGAUGGAGGUUCCAUUGAUAAGCUAUAUGCUGGAGGAAUUCCCGAAAACGUGUUGCGGAAGAUCACCUAUUCCACAGUGAUGGGUCUGAAGUCGCUGAAGGACGAGCACAGUAUUAUUCACCGCGAUGUCAAGCCAACAAACAUUCUAGUCAACACACGAGGCCAAGUCAAGAUCUGCGAUUUCGGCGUCAGUGGCAAUCUGGUCGCCAGUAUAGCCCGAACCAACAUCGGCUGUCAGAGCUACAUGGCACCCGAAAGAAUUUCAGGCGGUGGAUACGCACAAGCAGGAAACUCCGAUGGAUCUUACAGUGUCCAGAGUGACGUCUGGAGUCUGGGCCUAACGGUUAUCGAGUGUGCCAAGGGUGCAUACCCUUACCCGCCAGAGGUGUCCUCUACCAUUUUCAGUCAACUAAGUGCUAUUGUCGAGGGCGAACCACCUGCUAUGCCUGAGGAGGGCUACUCGGAUACAGCCACGGAUUUUGUCAGGAGCUGUCUUCACAAGAUUCCCAAACAGCGACCAACCUACGCAAUGCUGUUGAAGCACCCCUGGCUUAUUGAUUUCACAAAACCCCAGACCAUCGCAGAAGAAGCUGAGGAUGGUGAUGAGGCUGACAAGAUGGCGGAAGCUGUCGGUAAAAUUGCUCUCAACUCCACAACGGAGGACGCAGAAGUGGCCGACUGGGUAAACGGUGUGUUGCAGAAGGAGAGGGACGGUUUGAAGGUGGAUGGUCCUCUAAGGCCUGCAUUACACACCGCUCCGCUCGACAGCGUCAGUCCUAUAUCAAGCCCGAAUGACGCCUAG